AUGCGUUGUCUUUCGCCCACUUUCCGUGUUCCACAGGGUGAUAACAGUCUACGAAUCUUCGCCUUUUCAAAUAACGCCAUCAGCCUUGUUGACCGGUUCCAGAGCCCCCAUCCUUAUCGCGACAUUUGCUGGAUGCCCCAAGCCGGCCUAAACUCCGCUGAAGGUGAAAUCGCCCGCUGUUUCCGUCUCUUUGUUCCCGACUCAGCCCUGGUUCUGGCGGCUAGCGGACGCCGCAGUGACUUUAGCUCCACCAAUCAGUGGGCAGAACCCGGGUCCUCCGUAUCGCCGACCGGCCAAAGCCCACCAAUCAGGAACGGC